AGAAAGAACCGAAUUGGCAAAUACCUUGAAAACGAGACCCACUUUAGCAAAAAACUCUUUUCUUCUCCCCUAGGUUACCCUGUCUAAAGCCAAAACAGACCUCGAAAUCGAUCCAUAAUUUUCAGUCGAUUUUCUGCUACUUCUCGAUUCAAUUACAGUAGUGGAUUCUGAAUUUAAUUUCAAGCUUCUAAAGAAUGUCGAAAUCGACGGUAGAGGUUCCUCCAAUGGGUGGGUUCAGUUUCGAUCUCUGCAGAAGAAACGAUAUGCUGGCAAAGAAGGGAGUUAAUCCUCCCUCCUUUAGGAAAACAGGGACUACAAUUGUUGGCAUAGUUUUCCAGGAUGGCGUCAUUCUCGGGGCAGAUACUAGAGCAACUGAGGGACCCAUAGUUUGUGAUAAGAAUUGUGAAAAAAUUCAUUAUAUGGCACCAAAUAUCUAUUGUUGUGGAGCAGGAACUGCUGCUGAUACUGAGGCAGUAACAGACAUGGUCAGCUCACAGCUGCAGUUGCAUCGGUACCAUACUGGCCGAGAAUCAAGGGUUAUUACAGCAUUGACUCUUCUUAAGAAGCAUCUUUUCAACUACCAAGGGCAUGUCUCAGCUGCUUUGGUCCUUGGUGGGGUUGAUUGCACUGGCCCUCAUUUACAUACUAUAUAUCCCCAUGGAUCAACUGACACAUUGCCAUUCGCUACAAUGGGCUCUGGUUCUCUUGCGGCAAUGGCUAUUUUUGAAUCAAAGUACAGAGAAGGACUGAAUAGGGAUGAAGGUAUAAAGCUUGUAUGUGAAGCAAUAUGCUCUGGUGUAUUUAAUGACUUGGGAAGUGGAAGCAAUGUUGAUGUUUGUGUUAUUACAAAGGGACAUAAGGAAUACCUGAGAAAUCACAUGUUACCAAAUCCACGUACCUAUAUCAGUUCUAGAGGGUACACUUUUCCAAAGAAGACCGAGGUCCUUUUAACAAAGAUUACACCAUUGAAGGGCAAAGAGGAAGUUGCUGAAAGAGGUGAUGCAAUGGAAGAGUGAAAAUCAUCAGCUUCAUGGUUGAGAUUUUAACAACUUUAUUAUGUUCCUUGUGGCCUUUGGGAUGACAGUAUCUUUUGUAAUUUCCUACUUGAGAAGCUCAUUGAAUCCAUAUUGAAACGUUUUUGCUCCAUACCAGUGACAGUCAUUGUCUAGUGGGGAGACUUUCCAUUUGAAUCAGUCUUCCAGGAAUUUAUGUGUUAAAUUGCUAGUUCUGUUUUCCAAUGUGGCAGUACCUAUGAUAGCAAAGAAAUUCUAGCAAUUAAUUCUGAUCUUUCUUUUCUCA